AGUGUACCCUCCCGAUGUGAGAGGUGGCGGCCGCCGGGCACCAGUGAUCGGUGCAAGUGCUCGCUUUGGCUAGGCAUAUAGCCAGGGAUCGGCCCGCCGCGCAUAUAGUGGCACGGCACAGAUGAGUAGCGCCUCUGACGUCGUAGAUGCGGCGCGAGGGGCCGAGACCUCAUAUAGACUGCUGGCCCCGCAUACCGGCUCGGUGCCCCACGUUCGCUUCUCGUCGCCGCUCGCGAUCACCCAUGGCGUCUCCGUGUCUGCCCUGUGCAGAGCUCGUCUUGCAUGCCCGGCGCUCGACUCGUCGCUCACACACCUCUCCGCGCAUGGCUCCGCGUCCGCGCAGGUACCGCUUCCUGCAGCCCGACGAAUAUGCCGUCCUGGCGUCUGCAGCAGCCUACGCUACCGCCGCGCUCACCACCACGACCUCGGACGCUCGACCAGGCGGCCCAUCUCUGCGCGUCGACGGCGGCGUUCCUGCCCAGCGUCCGCUCACCGCCGAGGAGCAGGAAGAGAUUGCGGCGCAGUUGCGCGCCUGGGCUGGUCUCGAAGGGCCUGAGCGACAGGCCGAGGCGAGGCAGGCACUCGAGGAGCGGCAGGCCGAGCUCUUCGCCGAGCAGCAGCGCGCCGCUCAGCCUGGAUCAUCCGCUGCGGGCUCUGCCGGUGGGCAAAAGGCCCAGCUGUUCCCGCCGGACUUCGCCAGUCACUAUCGCACGCAGCUUCGCGCACUCGCCGAGGGCUACUACACGCGUCUGCAUCGCGAUGGUCUUGCUCAAGAGCACUUCGCGCCGCGAGCUGCGGAGCGAGCGGCGGCGCUUGCAGGCGGCCCGAGCACCUCAGGCGCAUUCUCUUCGACGCUGCUCGCACAAGAGCCGGGACGGGCGUCUGUGUAUCGGCGGUCGGAGGAUCCGCGCACUCGCGGUGUGAGUGCGCCGGCCGCAGAUCUCUUGCACCAGCCCGCGCCUGCGCCACCCGCCGGGCAAGUCCCGAACGAGGCGGCACUGCCUGCUCUGGGCGGGCAGGAUCCGCUGCAGCUCAUCUCUGCGGCCUCUGCGGCGGCCGGGACAGACGUGCAUUCGCCAGCGGUGAGGGACCAGCUCCUGCACUACGCGCACAGCCUGUACUCGACCGGCAGCACGCAGCGUCCGGCGCAGGCAGUUCAGGCGAACCCACAGCAGCCGACCACGAUGCUGCACCCCACGCUUCUGCCGCUGUUGCACACGCUGCACAAGCUGCAUCCGGAGCACUUGCCAACGCUGCUGCUGCUCUCGUGCGCGUACUACACCUCGGGCGAUCUGGCAGCAAGCCUGCACUACAACGACCGCAUCCUGCGCAUCGACAGCAGCUACGUCGAGAGCAUGAGCAACAUCGGCACCACGCUCAGAGCCCUCGGCCGCUGGAAGGAGGCCGAGAGCUGGUGGUGGCGCGCUGUGCGCCUGCGCCCAGGCUACUGGGACGCGUACGAGAACCUGCUCGGCGUGCUCUGCUCGCCGCAGCAGCCUGAGUCCGACGCAAAGCCUGAAGGCCCCGCUGCUGCUGCCGCUACACGUGGGCCGCGCUUCAGCGAGGCUCUGCGGCUCUGCGAGUUCGUCGAGGCGCACGUGUUGACGCGGCGCGAGGACAACGACGACUCGGCACGCACGCACAAGGUCGCCGGAGGUGGCAGCCACCCGCAGUGCAUGCCCGCCCACCUGCCCACGUCCCACGGCCCGCGACUGCAGAACCUCUUCUACGCCAAGGGGAACCUCAAGUACGUCGUGCCGGACCUCGGCCUCGUCCCGGCCGCGCGAGAGUACCAGAAGGCCGUCGAGAUCGUCCUCUCGCCGUCGGAGCAGAACGCGCACAGCCUGCGCGACCUCGUCGUUGCGACGUGCGUCGUGGCCAUCCUGUCGCGGCGCACCACAUUCCCCGGCCAUCCGCCAGAGGCGGUCAUCGAGGAGAUCUCGAGGGCCGUCGGCAUGGACCCUACAGACCCAGUGCAGGUGCAACACGUCGCGUCGGGCUCCUACGCGCACCUCAGUUCGCGCGGCAUCCUCGGCGCCGUCCGCAACGCCGGCGACCGCGUGGUCAAGACACUCCUGCGGCUCGGCGGUGGACAGCUACCGCUGCUCAUGCUGGUGCCCGAGGUGGCUCUUGAUCUUGCACGCGUCAUCUUCCGCGAGACGAACGGCAUGCUGCCCGCCAUCUUCGCCAGCUCGCAGGCGCAGCGUCACGCACCUGCAGCGCAGCACCAGCAGGCCCUGCAGCAGGCGUCACAGACCACCAGUACCAUCGUCCUCACGCUCGCCAAGCUGUUCCAGGACGCCACGGCCAACCCUGCGUCGAGCUCUCACGGGCCGCUCACCCUCGGCGGUAUCCCGCCCUCGACCUCGCUGCUGCUUCCGCUCUACUACCUGGCCCUCUCCCUGCACUCCUCUGCUUCGACUGCAAACAAUCUUGGCAUCCUGCUCUCCUCCAUUCCAGCGGUGACGCAAGUCGUAGAUGUCGCCGGCAAGGUCCAGCAGGUCAACGGACAAGCCCUGGCCAUGCAGUACUACACGCGCGGGCUGAGCCUCGACUCGCGGCACCCGCAUCUCUAUACGAAUCUCGGCUCGCUGCUGAAGGAUCUCGGCCACCUGAACGAGGCCAUUUCGAUGUACGAACGCGCAGUGGACUGCAACCCCACAUUCGACGUCGCCCUUGCGAAUCUCGGCAACGCCAUCAAGGACCAGGGCCGCACGCAGGACGCGGUGCAGUACUACCGGCGCGCCGUGGAGGUCAACCCGCGCUUCCCAGAAGCCCUAUGCGGCCUUGUCAAUGCGCUCCUGGCCAUCUGCGACUGGCGCGAGGUCUACUCGGAGGACAGCGCGCGGCCCGGCUGGAUGUCGGAGGUCGGCGCGCUGUUGACCCGUCAGCUCGAAGAGGGCUCGGUCUACGGCCACGGCGCCAUGCAGUCGGAGGGCUCGCUGGACGACUGGGUCAGGAUGGCCACGCAGGCCACCGGCGACUGUCGCCCUGAGACGCGAGAGGCGUUGCAGCGCCGCUUUGCGCCCUUCUUCGGUCCUCUCAACAGACAGCAGCUGAAGAUCAACGAGGGCUCAUUCGUCAUUCGCCUCAUCGAGCGGCUGCUGCGGCGCAGCCAGCGUCGCUGGUACCUCGACGCCUUCCAGGGUACUCAGCCUGAUCAAGCUGUAUCGCCCAUCGUCCCAAGCCCCGCAGACGCAGCGCGCUACCCAAGACUCGCCCUGCCCGCCUGCCUCAUCGCACCCAGCGUGCCGACGGUGCUUCCGUUUCACACAUUCACCCUCAAGAUCCCGGCGCAGCACAUUCGCCUCAUUUCCCACCGCAACGCGCUCCGCAUCACCCAGUCUACGCUUACGCAGCUCUGGCUUCCCCCGCACGUAUACCCGCCGCCGCCGCCUCCCGCACCGCGCCUGCGCAUCGGCUACAUCUCUUCCGACUUCAACAACCACCCGCUCGCACACCUGAUGCAGUCCGUCUUCGGCAUGCACGACGCAAGCCGCUUCGACGUGUUCCUGUACGCCACGACCGCCUCCGACCAGAGCCCGUACCGGCAGAAGAUCGAGCGCGAGGCGCAGCACUUCUACGACGUGUCCUCGUGGAGCAACCAGCAGGUCAUCCAGCGCAUCGCCGCGGACGGCAUCCACAUUCUGAUGAACCUCAACGGCUACACGAAGGGCGCUCGCAACGAGAUCUUUGCUGCCCGUCCAUGUCCCGUCCAGAUGCAGUUCAUGGGCUUUGCCGGUGGCCUGGCGUCGGGCUGGACGGACUGGCUGGUCGUCGAUCCGAUCGUGUGUCCGCCCGGCUCGACGUCUGUCGACCUCUGGCGCGCCUCUCGACGCGCGGCACUGGAGUCGGGCGAGCCACUUCCGUCUCGCCCAACUGACUUUGCCGGCGAUCUCGACCCCGAGGACUUCAGCCGGGACUGGGUCUACUCGGAGCGCUGCAUCUACAUGCCGCAGUCGUACUUCGUCUGCGACCACCGUCAAGGCUUCCGCGAGCCGGAGGUGCGAGCUGCCGUCGACGAUGCCGCGACUGCCGUACAUCCCCACGAGAUGAGCGACGAAGAGUCCUGGGCCGAGGAGGAGCAGCGGCGCUGGAAGGCUCGCAAGGAGUGAGUGCCGCGGCUGUGCCUGCGAGACACCGUGCUGAUCUUGUGCCCAAGGCUGUUCCCCUCGCUGCCGGAUGACUUCGUCGUCUUCUGCUGCUUCAACCAGCUCUACAAGCUUGAGCCUGUACGUCUGGUUUUUUGAUGCUGUGCUUGCGUUCUGCUGACAGUCUGCCACGUACAGGAGGUGUUCAAGGCCUGGCUGGAGAUUCUGCGGCGUGUGCCCAACUCCAUCAUCUGGCUGCUGCGCUUCCCUGCAGCGGGCGAGCUUCA